CUUUCAAUCAUCAGUACUCGUCCAAGUGGCCGACAGAGCCCAACGUGAAUUGUAUCUCACGAGAGCCGACUUCCACUUGUUUCCACGUCCCACGUAGUUGACAUAUAAGUAAAACCUGCCCACAAGAGAGGUUUAGAGCGCUUGCGGCGUGCCCUCAACGGACUUGCUCCGCCCGGCCAAGUCCGCGCUUGGCCCGAAAGCAGGAGCCAAUGGCGGCCCGGCUCCUGCGGGAUCCUGAAGCAGACGGAUGGGAGCGCUCGGAUAUGCCCAUCGUGUGCGAGACGUGCUUGGGACCCAAUCCUUUCGUGCGCAUGCAGCGGAUCGAGUUCGGCGGCACCUGCCACAUUUCUGGUCGCCCCUACACGGUCUUCCGCUGGCGCCCCGGCAACGACGCUAGGUACAAGAAGACGGUGAUCUGCCAGGAGGUGGCCAAGGCCAAGAACGUGUGCCAGGUGUGCCUGCUGGACCUCGAGUACGGACUGCCCGUGCAGGUCCGUGACGCCGCCAUGGGCGUGAAGCCGGACGAGGAGCCCCAGAGCGAGGUGGGCAAGGAGUACAAGCUGCAGAUGGAGGCGGACGCGGGCACACUGGGCGGCGGCGGCGUGGGCGGGGCCAGCAGCAGCUACGCGGCGGGCCGGCCCAACGAGAUGCUGCAGAAGCUGCAGCGCUCGCAGCCCUACUACAAGCGCAACCAAGCGCGCGUGUGCUCCUUCUUCGCCAAGGGGCAGUGCACGCGCGGCGCCGAGUGCCCCUACCGGCACGAGCUGCCCACCGCCGACCCGGCGCUGGCCAACCAGUCCUACAAGGACCGCUACUACGGCACAAACGACCCCGUGGCCGCCAAGAUGCUCAAGCGGGUGGACGAGCUCAACAAGCUCACGCCGCCGGAGGACACCUCCAUCACCACGCUGUACGUGGGCGGGGUGGACGCCUCCAUCACCGAGGACGACGUGCGGGACGCCUUCUACUCAUUCGGAGAGCUGGCCAGCGUGCGCAAGAUGGACGUCAAGAGCUGCGCCUUCGUGACCUACACCACGCGCUCCGCCGCGGAGAAGGCGGCGGAGGAGCUGGGCGGCAACCCGCUCAUCAAGGGCGCGCGCGUCAAGCUCAUGUGGGGCCGCCCGCCGCCCGCGCCCGCAGCCCGCAACGCCGCCGCCGCCGACCCCAUGCAGCCCUCCACCAGCGGCGCCGGCGGCUACGGCGGCGCGGCGCCCGGCAGCGCCGCCUCCUACUACCCGUCCAUGGACCCCUCGGCCAUGGGCUCGCGGGCGCCGGGCGGGCCGCCCGGCAUGCGGCCAGGCGGGGAAGGCGGCGGCCCCGGAGGCCCCGGAGGCAUGGCGCCGCCGCGGCCCAUGGGCUACGGCGCGCCGCCCGGGUACGGCGCGCCGCCGCCUGGCUACAUGCCGCCGCCGCGCCCCAUGGUGUCUGCCAGCAUGCAGCCGCCGCAGCAGCAGCACCAGUAGCAGCAGCAGCACCAGUAGCAGCAGUAGGCGAGGAGGAGCAGGGAGGUGGGCGGGUGGCGUCUACGUGGCGUUUGAUGCGGACGCUACCUGUCUGGUGUUUGGACUGUUGACGGGUCGCGGUGGGUUGGGGGUCGGCGGGGUUACUGUUGUGCGGAGGUGGAGUCCGCGGGUGUCGUGUGACGUGUGACGUGCGGCGUGCUGACCCGGCAGCUGUCUCACUGGGGUCAGGCCGGGUGUUGUGCCCCAUGUUUGACAAUGACGGUGCACGAAAUCCGGUGUGGUGGCGCGACGUCAUGAGGUGGGGUGAGGUGUGAGGUGCAGCAUGUGUGCCAGCGAUAUGCAAGGCGGUGUGGAGCACAGGCUGCGUGGUGCUGUUGUGUGGAUUUGAAGAAGGGAUGUGACCGAUACAACAGAUAAUAGACGCAAGAUCUUGACGCCUUUCGGACAUUACUCAAUGACUGUCGGAUGACACGACAUGACGACUUGAUGUGACGCUGGCACACGCGAUACGUGCUGCGACCUGUCAGACACUGCACUGCGCAGGCGGGCGCCAUGCUGCGGCCCCGUGCACUUCCGCUUCGGGUGUACCGUACAUGGGCUGUGUCGUGCAGCUUGGAUCAGACUGUGUUACGAGCGGGGGUGCUAUGUUGACGUCAGACAAGUAUUAAAAUGUGCAUCGUGCAUGUAAAGCAGUGUGCUG